AUGUCCAAUUCCCAGAAUAUUGAUCUUUCAGACUAUGAUACAUUCCUUGAACCUGACUUCAAUCCAAUUUCAUUUGCAAAUGACUUGUUGUUGGCUACAAAUUCAUCCCAAAAUGAAUUAGAUCUUUCAACUUCAAUCAAGAGAGUAAAAUUUGAUAUUAAUAACAUUGAUCUAAACUUGGAAAAAAUUAGCACUGAUGAUCAUGACAAUUUAAUCAAAGAAAUCCACAAGAGUAUCACAUCAAAAGAACUAUUCCAACAAAUCACACCACAAUUAGAUCAUGUCAACUCUUCAUAUCAAAGAUUAGAGAAAGAUAUUAUUGAUCCAUAUAAAGAAGCAACAAAGAUCCAAGAUGCCUUGAAAAAAUUACACUCAACCUCUUAUUUACUUAGAUCUGUGACGUAUUUCUUAUAUUUGGUGCAACAAAUUGAAGAUUUUUCAAAUUCAGAGGAGAUUUCCAACACCAUACCAAAUAAUUCUAAAAUCAACACUAAACUACUGGUAAAAUUAUCAAAAUAUCAUCAACAAUUAAAUACCCACAUUUCCAAAAACCCAAACCUCAAAAGUCUCAGAAUAGUUAGGGAAUACGAACCAAUAGCAAUUGAAAGAACAAGAUCUUUACUACAAUUAUUGAAAAACUCAAUCAAAUCAAUUGAUGAACGUUCAAUCAAAUCAAAAUCGGAUAUCGAACUAAAGGAAAUUUUCCAAUCAUUAGCUCUACUAGAUAAAUCAGAAUUAUACAAUUCAAUCCGUGAAUUACUAUCUACAAACGUUAUAAUAUCUGUGAAUUUCCUAACUAGAGUAUUAAACUCACCAAGAAAUUUAGAAAAUGCAUUAGAUGAAGUGGCUAAAAAAGGUACGUUAAUAAGUAAAAUUUCAAAAAUAUUAGAUCAAAUAGAUUUAAACUCUAUAACAGAUGUUGAAUCGUUAUCAACAAGUUCUCAAAACAAUGUUUCCAAAAAAAGUUUAUUAAAUGAUUUAUUAGACUCUUUAGAAAUUGUCAAUCUUUUAUCUGUAUUUUGGAGAGAUGUUGCUAAGAAAUUUGAAUUGAAAUUUAAAGAAACUAUGAAUAGAGGUGGCCCUGUUGCUAAAUCUUUAUCAAGUUAUAAAGAACAAAUAAGAGCUUCAAUUAUUAAAAAAGUUACACAAAGUGAUGCAAGUAUAUCAAAAGAUGGUAUAGAAGUUAGAAUGAUGUUGAAUUCAGUUUCCACACUGGAGAGAAUUAGAUAA